AUGGAAAAUAAUAUGAACCUGUUCAGCGAUCGAAGUAGGGAACAUAAUGAUAGUUGCCAUGCUUGGGAGAUCUGGGAUCUUGCCAACCGCUUCCGCCACCCACCACUCACCACCUCCUCCACCGUGCUAGUGGAUGCACGUGCUUUUCAUAUGAACCAUCAAGAUAAUACUGCAAAUGAUUCUUCAUUGUCUCAGUCCGACUUCCAUAUAGACCCACAUUUGACUUGCUUGAAGCUGGGCAAGAGGCACCACUUCGAGGAUGUAACAGCGGGGUCUUCAAUGACCAAGAAAGGCAAACCCAAUAGUACAUCUGGUGGUGGCGGGGGUUCUUCGGCGGCGGCGCCUCCAAUUUUGCCGAGGUGUCAGGUGGAGGGAUGCCAAGUGGUGCUAGUGAAUGCCAAGGACUACCACAGAAGGCACAAGGUCUGUGAAAUGCAUGCCAAAGCUCCAAAAGUAGUGGUUCAUGGCUUUGAACAACGUUUCUGCCAACAGUGUAGCAGGUUUCAUGCAGUGUCAGAAUUUGAUGAAUCAAAGAGAAGUUGCAGGAGGAGAUUAGCAGGCCACAAUCUCAGAAGAAGAAAGAACCCUCAAAGCCAUUCUCUUGCUAGGAAACCUUAUCAAGGCAUCAAAGAGAUGGCGGGUAGAUAUCCAUAUUCGCCAACAAACGGGGAGUGUGCUCUCUCUCUUCUGUCAUCAAAAUACAACAGCUUGAUUCCAUAUACAGACCCUCCAUCCAGAUGCACCACUGCCCUACAUGAUUUGAUUGUAGAAAACCGUGCAGCCAUCUUAGGCACACAGCUCAACUUGCACCAGAUGAAGAUUGCAGACCCGACCCAGCAGGGAUCCGUUAGGUUUCUAAACAACCAGAAAGUACCCGGUGUCGACUUGACAUUGGACCUCAUGCAGGCCGCUCCGAUUUCAGAAUUCGGGUUGCUGUUUAUGCACGAUAAAUCUGGAGAAGAAUGUCGUUCUGAAUCGUGGAAAGUUCCUUUGGGAUAUUGA